AUGUUGACAAGCUCUUUGAAAAAAAUGAGUGGUUCCUUGAAGCGCAACUCCAUUAAACGUACGAUAUCCGGGUCACAAAAGGGUCACAAAGCUUGGAUAGAAAAAAACUUCCAGAAGCGUGAUUGUAUUUGUGUUGUCCCAAACCCAAAAGACCCACAAAGGUGUGGCUGUGGUCAGCAGAUCGGUCAGCAUGUCAUCAUUCCUCCGACUGCCCCGUCCAGUGAAACAGGAGAAGAAGAGAAGCAGCUGGUUCAGCCUGAGAAAUGGAUGCCGAGUAAGCACACACAGGCUAGUCCCACUGAUGCUUUUGGAGCUAUGGAAUUUCAAGGUGGAGGUCACGCCAGCAAAGCCAUGUAUAUCCGUGUGUCAUAUGACACUAAACCAGACCUCCUACUCCAGCUCAUGACCUCAGAGUGGGAACUGGAGCUUCCAAAGCUGCUCAUAUCCGUUCAUGGUGGACUUCAGAACUUUGAACUUCAGCCUAAGCUGAAACAAGUGUUUGGCAAAGGACUGAUUAAAGCUGCAAUGACAACAGGAGCCUGGAUAUUCACAGCUGGAGUCAACACAGGAGUAAUACGUCAUGUAGGAGAUGCCUUGAAAGAUCACUCAUCCAAAUCCUGUGGCAGAAUUUGUGCAAUUGGAUUUGCUCCCUGGGGCAUUGUAGAAAACAAGAUGGAUUUAAUUGGGAAAGAUGUCACUAAACCCUAUCAAACAAUGUCCAAUCCUCUGAGCAAACUGACUGUGCUCAACAACACACACUCGCACUUCAUCCUGGCUGAUAAUGGCAGCCUGGGCAAGUAUGGAGCUGAGGUUAGACUUCGGCGACAGCUAGAGAAACACAUUUCCCUGCAGAAAAUCAACACACGGCUUGGCCAGGGAGUGCCAGUAGUUUGUUUGAUCGUGGAAGGUGGUCCCAAUGUGAUAUCGAUUGUACUGGAGAGUCUCCGUGAGGACCCUCCUGUGCCAGUGGUGGUCUGUGACGGCAGUGGGAGAGCUUCCGACAUCCUGGCAUUCGCGCACAAGUACUCAGAAGAAGGAGGGAUAAUCAGUGAGUCGGUGCGAGAUCAGCUCAUGGUCACAGUACAGAAAACCUUCAGCUACAGUCGACAACAGGCACAGCAACUGUUUGUCAGCAUCAUGGAUUGUAUGAAGAAGAAAGCUUUAAUCACAGUUUUUCGAAUGGGUUCAGAAGGACAGCAGGACAUUGAUCUUGCCAUCUUGACGGCACUGCUGAAAGGUACAAAUGCAUCCGCCCCAGACCAGCUGAGUCUGGCAAUGGCCUGGAACAGGGUGGAUAUUGCCCGCAAUCAGAUCUUUGUCUUUGGGAAUCACUGGCCGCCAAUGGGCAGCAGCUCUGGACCUGCUACUCAGGAACCAAAAAGAUCUGUAAAACAGCGAGCGACGAAAGUAAAGGGAAAAGGGAAAAAGAGAGGGAAAGAUGAGGUGAAAGAGGAAACUGACCCACGGAAACUGGAACUGCUGAACUGGGUGAACUCAUUGGAACAAGCCAUGAUAGAUGCAUUGGUUCUGGACCGGGUGGACUUUGUGAAGCUGUUGAUUGAGAAUGGAGUAAAUAUUCAUAACUUCUUAACCAUCCCUCGGUUAGAGGAGCUUUACAACACGAGACUGGGCCCCCCCAACACUCUGCAUUACCUGGUCAGGGACGUCAAAAAGGGGAACCUGCCUCCUGAUUACCACAUCAGUUUGAUUGACAUUGGGUUGGUCAUAGAGUACCUGAUGGGAGGAGCCUAUCGCUGUGCUUACACAAGAAAAACAUUCCGCACACUCUACAAUAAUUUAUUUGGGCCGAAGCGGCCAAAAGCUCUUAAACUUCUGGGAAUGGAGGAUGAUGAACCACCCUCGAAAUCCAAGAGGAAGAAGAAGAAGAAGAAGGAAGAAGAGAUUGACAUUGAUGAGGAUGACCCAGCUAUCGGCCGUUUCACCUACCCCUACCACGAGCUGCUUUUGUGGGCAGUGCUGAUGAAGCGGCAGAGAAUGGCAUUGUUCUUCUGGCAGCACGGCGAGGAGGCUCUGGCCAAGGCUUUGGUCGCCUGCAAGCUUUACAAGGCCAUGUCAAACGAGUGUUCUGGCAGUGAACUCGUGGAUGACAUCUCACAAGAUCUGGAGAACAACUCCAAGGAUUUUGGCCAACUUGCUGUUGACUUAUUGGACCAGUCAUACAAACAUGAUGAGCAGGUGGCCAUGAAACUCCUGACGUAUGAGCUGAAGAACUGGAGCGACUCGACCUGCCUGAAGCUGGCAGUAACAGCCAAACACCGGGACUUCAUUGCUCACACCUGCAGCCAGAUGCUGCUGACUGACAUGUGGAUGGGCCGGCUUCACAUGCGCAAAAACCCCGGCCUUAAGAUUAUGCUGGGAAUCAUAUUUCCGCCGGCCAUUCUCUUCAUGGAGUUUAAAGGCAGUGAUGAUUUGUCAUAUGAAGCAUCUGGGGACAAUGAACAGGGAAAAGAGAAAGAGGAGGACAAUGAUGCAAACACUGAGGCUGUUUCCAGAAAAGGGGACGAAGAAGAAGGGAUGGAAAAUCACAGAAGUAUUCCAAUUGGAAGAAAGAUUUAUGAGUUCUAUAAUGCACCAAUUGUUAAAUUCUGGUUCCACACUAUGGCAUACCUUGCAUACUUGCUGCUCUACAACUAUGUAAUCCUGGUAAAGAUGGAGGGCUUACCCUCGAUUGCAGAAUGGAUUCUCAUCUCGUAUAUUUUAAUGUUGGCCGUUGAGAAAAUCAGGGAGAUCCUAAUGUCAGAGCCAAGUAAACUGAAGCAGAAGGUGAAGGUGUGGAUGCAGGAAUACUGGAAUGUCACUGACAUGGUGGCAAUCGCUAUCUUCAGCUGUGGCGUGUUACUGCGGCUCCAGAGUCAGCCUUAUAUGAGCUAUGGUCGUGUCAUCUACUGUGUGGACAUUAUCAUCUGGUAUAUCCGUGUCCUCGACAUCUUUGGUGUCAACAAGUACCUAGGACCCUACGUGAUGAUGAUUGGGAAGAUGAUGGUUGACAUGCUGUACUUUGUUGUCAUUAUGCUGGUGGUCCUGAUGAGUUUCGGAGUGUCGAGACAGGCGAUUCUACACCCGGAUGAGGAGCCUUCCUGGAGAUUGGCCCGGAAUAUUUUCUACAUGCCCUACUGGAUGAUCUAUGGAGAGGUGUUUGCGGAUCAGAUAGACCUAUAUGCCAUGGAAAUUAAUCCUCCUUGUGGGGAGAAUCUAUUUGAUGAUGAUGGGAAGCGUCUCCCUCCCUGUAUCCCAGGAGCCUGGAUUAUUCCUGCUAUCAUGGCUUGUUACCUUCUGGUUGCUAAUGUCCUCCUCGUAAAUCUGCUGAUUGCUGUCUUCAACAAUACUUUCCUGGAGGUGAUUUCCAUCUCAAACCAGGUGUGGAAGUUCCAGCGCUAUCAACUAAUCUUAACAUUCCAUGAAAGGCCGGUCUUCCCUCCACCGCUCAUCAUCUUCAGUUACCUGUCUAUGGUUGCGCAUCACUGCUGUCGCAGGAAGAACAAGGAGGUGGAAGAACGGGAUCGGGGAUUGAAACUAAUCCUCAGUGAAGAAGAAUUGAAGAAGCUGCAGGAGUUUGAGGAGCAGUGCGUGGAACAGUACUUCACACAGAAAGAAGAUCGAGAGCAAUCAUCGAAUGAUGAGCGUAUUCGGAUCACAUCUGAAAGAGUGGAGAAUAUGACUAUGCGUUUGGAGGAAGUGAAUGAGAGGGAACAUUUCAUGAAAGCUUCACUCCAAACUGUUGAUAUUCGCUUGGCACAACUGGAGGAAUUCUCUGGCCGCAUGGUUAGUGCUAUGGAAAAACUGGCCGGUAUAGAUAAGGCAGAGCUAACCCACACUCGCUCAAGGUGUCCUUCAGAAUGUGAUGCUUCCUACCUGAUCAGACAAAACAGCACUGAGGCAUCGAGCAUGUAUCGCUUCUACAUGGAUGGAGAUGACACAAACUUUGAAGACAGCACAGGCCUAAUGUCUCCCUCAAUGGGAUCUCACAGGAAGAAUUAUUCCGCGAUUGCACUGAGAGAUGAAAAGGAACUUGCGGAACAGAAAAUCAACAUGACGCCAAAACGUCGGUUUGGGCUGCACCAAUCCUCGAGCACCCGGAGGAUGAAGGGAAACAGCCCAAGGCUGGGAGUCACACAGGACCCCAGGAGUUUCAACUCCUGUGUCGACAUCUUUGUUUCCUCGUCUGAUGGCUAUCAGGGCCCUUUUAACACAAAAGAGGAAACUAAUUACCAAAGGUUCCUGCGUGAAACAGAAGCUGACUUGAAUGGAAAAUUAGUCAACGAAGCUGGGUCAUUAGCACGAACAAAGUUGGAGGCUUGUUUCUCAUUUCCCUUAGAGAAGUCCAAAGAGGCUAAUUACUUUCCUUCACAAACCUAUGGUGCAUGCCAGACCACGGUGGUAAAGUCUAGAAGUGUCAUCUUUGGGCUAGAUGCCAGACGCUUUUCUACAAAGACCCCAGAAUGGGUCACUCAGUAUGAGCGCAAGUUUUAUAAAAAUUUGACUGAAGAACGAGGGGAGGAGCAAGAAGCCACUCACCAAACAUUACCAUCCUCUCCUGAGACAUUGGCAGAGCAAAAACAGGAGCUGACAGACAUGGAGGAUGACAGUGACACUGGGAGCUGGGCCUUGGAUCAUUCGCCACCUAGAGCAGAGGUGCUGAGAACAGUCCCAAAGUCCAAAAACUUUUUAACAGUCACACCGGAUAAAUUCAUCUCCUCGAGGUCAAAGAGUCUUCACGGACACAGCAGGCAAACAAUGCACAUGAUGGGAGAAAGCUUCAAAAAACCAAAACAAGCAUUCAGCACAAAAGACCUGCGGCAGGUGUGCGGAGACCCCCGUCAGGUGUAUAGAGACCCCCGGAGGACGGGUAGUAGUCGAGCAGCAGGCCUGAAGAAGAAAUCAACUGAGACCUUUUGCUAA